UUUCUCCGGCCGAAGCGAUUGGCGGGUGAGGAGUGAAAGAGGCGGGACGAGUUGCCGCGGGUUCACUGCCGCCUCUGGGACCGGGAGAUGCGGCGGUGCCGAAGCUAUCGCCGCCUUCGCUUUUCUUUGAGUCUUGUCCGUUCUGGCGGCUCCUCGCGCGGCUCGGAUCAUGCUGCUACCCUCGGACGUGGCCAGGCUGGUAUUGGGUUACUUACAACAAGAAAACCUCACAUCUACCUGCCAGACUUUUAUUUUGGAAAGUUCAAAUUUAAAAGAAUAUGCAGAACACUGUACUGAUGAAGGUUUUAUCCCAGCCUGCUUACUGUCCUUAUUUGGAAAAAACUUGACAACAAUUUUAAACGAAUAUGUAGCUAUGAAAGCAAAAGAAACAUCAAAUGAUGUCCCAACAAUAAUGUCGUCUCUGUGGAAGAAGCUAGAUCACACACUUUCUCAGAUCAGGAGCAUGCAAAGUUCCACAGGGUUUGCUGCCCAUCAGAGAGCCCGAACAAGAAAUGGAAUUGCAGAAAUCAAGCGACAGCGAUGGCUUGCAUCUCAAGCAGCUCCCGUCAGUUCAGAAUUACUGGUCUUGCCUUGUGGUUCAGGACAAUUUACCGCUUCUCCUUUGAUAGCUACACAAGCUACACAGGCUGUUAAACCAACAGGCCAAAUUUCAACCCCAUUGAGGUCAAAUAUUGUAGUAGUCAACCAGUCACAGUCACAAAAUAAUAUAACUACUACUGAGGCUUUAAAUAUCAUUCCUGGCCCUCAGGAAAGGAAAACACAUACCAGUCUAAUGUCUCCUGGUAGACGUAAAAGUGACUCACAAAAGAAGACUGGUACUUCAUCUGGACCUCAUUCAUCAAUAAGGAAUUUGCAGGAUCCAAAUGCAUUUGCAGUAGAAAAACAAAUGGUUAUUGAAAAUGCACGAGAAAAAAUAUUAAGCAACAAGUCCCUUCAAGAAAAGCUUGCAGAAAACAUUAAUAAAUUUUUGACGAGUGACAAUAGUAUUGCUCAAGUACCUAAGCAAACAGAUAGCAACCCUACAGAGCCAGAAACUUCAAUUGAUGAACUCCUGGGACUUCCGAGUGAAAUCCAUAUGUCUGAAGAAGCAAUACAAGAUAUAUUGGAACAGACAGAAUCAGACCCAGCAUUUCAGGCACUCUUUGAUCUCUUUGAUUAUGGUAAAACAAAGAAUAAUAAAAAUAUAUCACAAAGCAUUUCUAGUCAACAUAUGGAAACCAAUCCUAAUAUAGUCUUAGCUGAAGAAACUAAUCUAGCAAUUAAAAGUUCUUUUGAAACAGAAGAAUCUGAUGGUCAAUCUGGUCAGCCUCCAUUUUGUACUUCCUAUCAAAAUGAAGAUGUACUAAGUGAUUUGAAGAAUAGCAGCAACCAUGAUGUGCUUCCACCAGAAUCUCAGGAAAACUUUUCUCAAAUAAGCUCUAACAUUCAGAAAAAAGCCUUUAAAACAGCUGUACCUACGGAACAGAGGUGUAAUCUUGACAUUACUUUUGAGUCUGUGUCUAAUUUGAGUGACUUUAACCAAAGAGGGAACUCUGUUGAAUGUAAUGAACAUUGUGCUGAGUUAUACACCAGUCAGUUGCCCGCUGAAACUGAAAUGGCUCUCGAGGUUGAAAAGAAUUCUUCAUCUCCAGAUACACUAAAUCAGUCUCAGUUACAGCCUGAUAGACCAGUAACUUCAUUUUUGUCACUUGAUAGUGAAACUAACAAUGAAAACUUAAUUCUUUCUGGGAAAAAUUCUCACCUUUCAUCCCAAAGUUCUCCAUUAACUGGAAAGCCACCUAAGAGUCAAUUUUGUGAAAAUUCUAACAAUAUAGUAAAAGCCAAAACUAAUUCCCAUGGUUCGAAGUCACCACAUUCUAGUGAAACUCCCCACAGUAAAAUUGAAAUUGAUAGUGUGUCACCAGUUGCAGCACAACCACCACCAGAUUGCCAAAAUAACCCUUUACUUCAAAGUAAAACGUUACCUGUGACUGUUGAAACUUUAGGUUUAAAUGCAUCUGAAGAAACGGAAAUUCAUCUUGAAGAUUCAGUCCCUUCCAUUAAACAACCAUCUAAUAAUUUGACAUCUGUGGAGUUAAAUCAUACAGGAAACAAAACUGAGCCAUGUAAAUCUGAGAAAGUUACUUCGGACUCAAAAGACUCUUCAUCUUCUGUAAAGGAAAAUGGAGAUACUAUUUUUCUCUCUUUAGGUGGAAAUAAUAGCUGUGAAGAAGUUGCACUGAUACCUGGAGAAGGUAAUCCUGUAAAAAAUAAGCACUCAAUUCCUUUGGAAUCUGGUGGUUCAGUGGGAAGUUCUCAAGAGUCCCAGAAUACUGAUGAUAAACCUAGCAGUAACUUAACAGAGGUAGAUGCAUCAAGUAUUGUCUCUCUCAAAAUUAUCAUUAGUGAUGACCCAUUUGUCUCCUCAGAUGCAGAACUUAACAGUGCUGUAUCUAGUAUCAGUGGAGAAAACUUGCCAACAAUUAUUCUCUCAUCUCCUAAAUCUCCUGCCAAAAAUUCAGAAUUAGUUAAAUGCCUAUCUUCAGAGGAAACUACAAGUGCUAUUGUAUCUGUUGAAGUAGGGGAUUCAGCCUCAAUGGAACAGAAUGUUUUAGUACUCAAACCUGAGGAUCCUGUGGUAAACAACACUCAGAAUGAGGAUGGCAUUGCUUUUUCAGCCAAUGUUACACCAUGUGUUUCCAAGGAUGGAGGGUACAUACAAUUGAUGCCAGCCACAAGCACAACUUUUGGCAAUUCAAAUAACAUUGUGAUAGCUACCUGUGUGACUGAUCCAACAGCCUUGGGAACAACUGUCAGUCAAUCUAAUGUAGUGGUGUUGCCUGGAAAUUCUGCUAUGACUGCACAACCUCCACCACAGUUACAGACACCACCAAGGUCUAACAGUGUCUUUGCUGUCAACCAAGCUGUUUCACCAAACUUUUCACAAGGCUCUGCCAUCAUAAUUGCUUCUCCAGUCCAGCCUGUACUCCAGGGGAUGGUGGGCAUGAUUCCUGUAUCUGUUGUUGGACAGAAUGGAAGUACAUUUCCUACUCCUUCUCAGCAGGUACUCCAUAUGCCUUUAGCAGCUCCUGUAUGCAGUAGAAGUAUCCCUCAGUUCCCCAUUCCUCCAAAAUCUCAGAAGGCUCAGGGACUCAGAAACAAACUUUGUACAGGGAAACAGAUAAAUAAUUUGGCAGAUUCAGGCAGCCUUUCUGUUGCAUGUCACACACAAAGGGUGGGUAGAACUGAAAUUUUUGAUAAGAAUAUGGCCGUUGAAUCUGGGAAAAAAUUGGAAGAGAUCAAGAUCAAAGUUCCUCCCUCAGUAGGGAGCAUAGUUCCUGCUAGCAAGCCGUUUGAAAGUCACAGGCGAGUGCUGUGUUUUGAUAGCAGUGCUUCUUCUAUGACAAAUACACAGGGGCCAAACCAUAAGAUGAUAUCCCAAAACAAGGAAAAGAAUGAAACUUCCUUGCCCCAUCUUGACCCGCCCAUUGUGCCCUCCACCUUAAAACCCCCUUCCAAUAAUGUCACUAAAAAAGAGAGAGAGAAAACUUUGCCCAAGAUUCUCUCUAAAUCAGAAAGUGCCAUUAGCCGACAUACCACCUUAAGAGAAACUCAGUCAGAAAAGAAAGCUUCACCCACAGAACUGGCACUUGAAUCUUUCCAUAAAGCAACAGCUAACAAAGAGAAUGAAUUAUGCAGUGAUGGGGAGAGGCAGAAAAAUCCAGACACUUCAAAACUGCCUGUUGGGCAGCAGAAUGGGAGUUUACGAAGUGAGAAAACCAUAGCUUCUCUGCAAGAAUUGACCAAAAAACAAGCCACAUCUUCAAACAGUAAAAAUCCUACUUCACUAGGUGGCACUGUGAAAGACCUAAAACAAGAACAAACUAAAUCUGCCGGUUCUUUAAUUAAUACAGAAAUAUUACAGGAUGUUCAGUUGCACAGCCCAGUGAAUAGAAUUGCCGAAAGUGAUUUGUCUAUACCCCGGACACCUGGCUCAGGAGCUGGGGAAAAGCAUAAAGAAGAGCCUACAAACGGUAUCAAGGCCCCUUCUAGUAGGCGUUAUGGUGAAGAUGGUAGUAGCAUACCCAAAGUCAUGGUCCCUCCUGUCACUCCAGACUUGCCUGCCUGCAGUCCUGCCAGUGAGACAGGCAGUGAAAACAGUGUAAACAUGGCUGCCCACACAUUAAUGAUUCUCUCUAGAGCAGCAAUCUCUAGGACGUCAGCAACUCCUCUGAAAGAUAACACACAGCAAUUUAGAACAUCUUCCAGGAGUACCACAAAAAAGCGGAAAAUUGAGGAAUUGGAUGAGCGCGAGCGAAACUCCCGUGCUUCUAAUAAAAAUCUUGCAAAUUCAUCAAUACCAAUGAAGAAGAAGAAAAUCAAGAAAAAGAAGCUACCUAGUUCAUUUCCAGCAGGAAUGGAUGUGGACAAAUUUUUGUUAUCAUUGCAUUAUGAUGAGUAAACAUCCUACACAUCUUGAGAACAGUAACUUUAAAACUAGUAUCCCUAAAACUGAGUGUAGGAAGUGGGGUAUUAAAAGAGUCUGAAAAUGUGACCUGCACUUUCAUUGUACUGAAAUUUCACUUUAUAUCUAAACCAUGCUGUUUCUGAAGCAGCUUCCUGGCUGUAAAUAGACUUUCUUGUUAUAUUUUUAUUUUAGGAAAAAUGUGCAGAAAUGUAAGUAAAGCCAAUCUGCAAAAUUGUAUAGCUCUGACAAUUGCAUACUGUAAAUGUUGUAUAUAUGUUGUUGAAAUAGAGGUUAAAUCAACCUAAUGUUCUUAACACUUUGUUGUUGUUGUUGUUGUUGUUGUUACUUCCUAUGAUGCCUGAAGCUUAUUCAUCUGGAAUAGUUUCUCAUUUUCUUUGGAGGAAGGUGAUGUUUAUUCUUACAAAUAACCUUCAGUGAAUGUUCAGUAAUACAUUUAAAUAUAUAG